AUGAAAAACUCCCAAAUUAAAAUCAAGAGCUUCAUCAUUGAUGAAGGGAAAGAAACAGAAAAGAAAUACGAAUGCAACGAUGCAGGGUUACCACGACUCGAUCGAAAGAAGAAACGCAAAUUAAUUGAUAUUCAGGACAUGUAUAAUAAAAUCGACGGCCCCAUCGAUCAGCAAGAUUCAACAUUAGAUGUUUCACCAUUUCAGGAAUUCAAUUUUAGUCCGAUUCAAGAGAUUUGUAUACAUGAACCAUUUGAUGAAAUUACUUUGAAAUACCAAAAUAACAUAUAA